GCUUCGUUAUACAAAUCAAAAUGAUCACUCCUGUUAAUCUAUUUAAACAGGUGACUCCAACAUCACCGCAGUCACCCAGUGACGGAGGAAUAGUAGCUGCUCUUAGGGAUGUUAUUCAGAAGAGACAUAAGGACCUUUACUCUUCAGUCUGUAUGACCAAUUGCCCUACGCUGAUUGUCAUGGUGGGCCUCCCAGCCAGAGGGAAAACUUACAUCUCCAAGAAAUUGACGCGCUACUUAAACUGGAUUGGAGUGCCUACAAAAGAAUUUAAUGUUGGUCAGUACCGUCGAGAUUUGGUAAAAACAUACAAAUCCUUUGAGUUCUUCUUGCCAGACAAUGAAGAGGGCUUGAAAAUAAGAAAACAGUGUGCCUUAGCAGCGCUGAAUGAUGUCCAACAGUACCUCAGUGAAGAAAAUGGGCAUGUGGCUGUUUUUGAUGCUACUAACACAACACGAGAACGCAGAGAAACAAUCUUCAGAUUUGGUGAGGACAAUGGCUACAAGACAUUCUUUGUUGAAUCAGUAUGCGUAGAUCCGGAGGUCAUUGCUGCAAACAUCGUGCAAGUGAAACUUGGCAGUCCAGAUUAUGUUGAUUGUAGUAAUGAUGAAGCUACAGAAGACUUCAUGAAAAGAAUAGAGUGCUACAAGAACACAUACGAGAUGCUAGAUGAAACUCUUGACAAGGAUCUUUCCUAUAUUAAAAUCAUGGAUGUUGGAAGGAGUUACCUUGUGAAUAGAGUAAUGGACCAUAUCCAAAGCCGGAUCGUCUACUACCUCAUGAAUAUCCACGUAACUCCUCGCUCUAUCUACCUCUGUCGACAUGGAGAAAGUGAACUGAAUCUGAAAGGGCGAAUAGGAGGUGAUACUGGACUAUCCUUUAGGGGGAAAGAGUUUGCCAAGUAUUUGGCGCAGUUCAUUAAUGAGCAAAACAUCAAGGAUCUGAAAGUUUGGACCAGUCAGAUGAAAAGGACAAUUCAGACUGCGGAGGCUUUGGGUGUGCCUUAUGAACAGUGGAAGGUUUUGAAUGAAAUAGAUGCGGGAGUCUGUGAAGAAAUGACAUAUGAAGAAAUUCAGGAAAACUUUCCUCUUGAAUUUGCUUUGAGAGACCAAGACAAAUACAGAUACAGAUACCCCAAGGGGGAGUCAUAUGAAGAUCUCGUUCAGCGACUGGAGCCAGUAAUUAUGGAGCUGGAAAGGCAGGAAAAUGUGCUUGUUAUAUGUCACCAAGCAGUUAUGCGCUGUCUGCUUGCCUACUUUCUGGACAAGACUGCAGAACAACUGCCUUAUCUCAAGUGCCCACUCCAUAGUGUCUUAAAGCUAACCCCAGUGGCUUAUGGUUGUAAGGUGGAAUCUAUAUUCCUGAAUGUCGAAGCAGUAAACACGCACAGAGAUAAACCAGAGAAUGUAGACAUUUCCAGACCUCCUGAGGAAGCUCUUGUAACAGUCCCUGCUCACCAGUGAACCCGUGUCCAGAUCAGCUAUCAAACGUGUGAAUGUAGAUGUAGAUCGCUCGAGAGAGGAAGCCUUGAGGACAGUACCUAAUCACCUAUAACUCCCGUGGACCAUGACAACAUCCCCUGCCUGCUAGAGAAGCACUAAGGAAAUACCUCAGGUACAUGAGACUGGAGAAGACAUCCAAGGAGAUCAAGCAAUGUCAAAUGCACACACUCCCCCUCUCUGUAAGGCUUUUAGAAUGUGCUUCAAUGACUUGUGGGAAAAUCCAUGUUUCUGGAGGAUUUUUAAUGCUGCAAGAUGAAAUGUGCAAGUCUGGAAAUAUUUAUGGGAAACCCAGUGAAGUUGCUUAUAAUUUUCCUUCUGUGAAUAUGCAGUUUUUCAACUGUUUUUAUUCUUCAUCUGUGGAUCAUGCAAGAUUGUUAAUUGCUCUUGUCAGCUUACUGUCAAGUUUUAACUGAACUUUUUACUUGUUUCAGUAGUGGCUUUUCUAAGAGUACCUCUUAUUUUUACUGUGAAUGCCUGCCUAGAAUGAGAUGACUUUUUUAGUAUGUAUAUAUUCUUUUGAAUAUAAUGUGAAAUUCUGCAUUUAAUGCAUUGGAAGCUCCAUUUGAUGUAAAACCACUUGAUAUGGGAGGCCCCAACGCAGUUUCUCAAGUACCCCUUUUUUCUUUCAUCCUCCAUCUGUGUUUUAGCAUAGUUCAGGGGUUGUAAAGCACCCAUGUGUGUGUAUUUGGAAGUGGGGUUACUUUCCCCUUUGCCUAAAAAUCUACUUGAUAUUAUAUUGACAGGGGGCUUUGCUAUCACAGCAAGUUCCUUUAUAUUCUCUGUGCAAAAUGGUAUUUUUGUACCAUUGUACCCUGUUGAUUGUUAUGGAAGGAUGGUUUUAAGUACAGAUAGCUGGCUUGUUAACAGUCCAAAUUACUCUAGAUAGCAAUUAUUAAAGGGUAAGAUGGCAGAUACCUUUCAGAAUAUCUCUACUGCCCAGGUUAAGCAAACUUUCCAGGAGAGGAUACAACUUCCACAUUCAGGGUGAAAUAUACUCCCAUGUAUUGGGCUCUCAAAAGAUCCAAUACAUUUUACCCUAAAAAUGUUUAUCUAUGAAGGAGCAUUAAAUCAAUAGGGGAGAAUGUUAAAAUAGGAUUUUAGCCUCCUGAGAUUUGUAUAAAUACAAAAACCCUUGAGCGAAUUUGGAAAUUGAUUUUUUUUUAAAGAAUGUCAUCUCUGUAUUUUGAUUUUAAAAUCUUUGCACUUCAGUGAAAUUGCAAGUGCAUUUAUGUCUGAUGCUAAAAAGUGGUAGAAUUUUCUAUGCAUGUCAAGGCCAUACACUACCUUCUUCAUUGUCUCAAGCCAUUAUAUAGUGUCCAUGUUGUGUUGGAGAUAGAAUUUAGCUGGCAAUACAAUAGGUAUCUCCUAAUAGUUAAUGAAAUUAAGAAAGCUGCCCAUGAGUUAUCAGAGUAUCUCUUUGAUAACUGUAUUAUCUGGGUGGUUAAUCCAACCCUGGUAUUUAUCUGUUAAUACAUUUUAGCUGAAUCUGUCUUGAGAAUUGGGUUCUGCCAAGGUAGCUUUGCAGGCAAGGGCUAAAUGGUACGGUUUUAAGCAGGGUUGGGGACACCAAUAUAAUGCACUGCGGCUGUGAUUUGUUUUCUUAAGGUAAUCUUAGCAAUAUAGUCAAUGUACUGGAAGUAAGCCAUAUUGCUAGAGUUCAUUUCAGAAAAUUAAUGCCUUGGAUAUCAAAACCACUUGCUUAGAACCUUAGCAUCAAAAGCUUUUUGUCUGUAAUCCAUACAACCAGUAAUAUGCAUUGAAAAGUAUAUAAUUUAUUAUAUCUAUUAAUAGUUACUGUCUAAAGUUAGAGCACAAAGCACUACUAAGACAUUUGUUGGUGCACAGCAAAAUAAACCCUAAAGAUGUUUGUGUUGAAGAGGGAAGAGAUGCUGGAAGGCAGAUUCCCUUCUGACCACCUAUUAGUUAAUAAAUCAGAAAAACAUCCCUAUCCUUUAACUUGUCCUGUUUCCUCUGGACCUGGGCCACACAACAUUAGGGGUUAUUUAUGUUUAAUGAUGGUAAAUUGAGGAAACUUAGCUUUUAUCCAUAGUUAUCUAAGAGCAAAUUCCCAAGUAUUUUUUCUUAAUGUGCUUUGAAAAGCAGAGGUUUACCAAAAUAGCAUUUGGACUACUAUAGUUUUGAGCCUGUUCUCUGUGUGUUUUUGGUCUCAGAACUUUCAGAGGUGCUGUUAAAUUCUAUAUGGCUAAAUGUUUUAUGUAUAGUAGAUAUUUUUAUAGACUGCUUUUAAAUAUACAGUGAUCAGAGCAGUUUCUCAUUUGCAAGAUGGCUGCAUAGUAAAAAAAUCAUUGUGUAAAAGUAUGAAUAAAUUGUAUGUCAGUAUUUAAAAAUAAAAAGGAGAAUCUGUAGCUGCCAAUUCUGUUUUAAUUUACAAAUAAUGUCAUUGACUGCAUCUGACCUGCCGAAUUAGUAAAACACAAAAAGACUAGAAUGUAAAAAUAAGUAAAUGAUCACCUCCAUCUCUCCUGCUAAAAAAAUAAUAAUAGUGAGCUCUGGAAAUACAUUGUACAAGAAUUGCUCAUUACUAUCUAAAAACUGUACACUUUCCCUUUGGUUUCACAAAAGUGAGUCAUUAUUCAGAGGGGUUAAUUACUAAACAUGGCUUACUAUGUUUGUGUUACAGUUCUUAGAUGAUUUAAACUAACCUUUCUGACGUGGCUAGCUUUCAACUUAAUCUUCUAGGCAAAAUUAAUCUUGUGUGACCUUUGAGCAAAGUAAUAAAGAUCAAAUGCGAAAACUCAA